UGUCAAAAUGGGAGUGAAAACUCAGGAAAACAAUGUGAAAUUAUCGUUUUUUAUUGUGUGAAAAUGAAAAAGAUGUGUGUUAUAACCAUAUAAUACUAAUAUCGACAUGUUUACCAAGAAAUCUCACCAAGAUGUUAAAAAAUCAACGGUUAAAAUACAGGAUUCUAAAAAGGAUUCUGCGACUCGUCUAAAACAUCUAAAAAUCGUCCUAGAGCAUUUUGACGCAGAUGAAGCCAAAACAUAUUUCGAGAACAACUUUAGCCAUGUUUACUUCAUAUUGUAUGACAACUUUAUUCAAGCAGAAAACAACCUGCGCCAAAGAGAACUACCCUUCCAUCUUGUGCACAAGGCUGGCCGAGAAGAGUUAGAGGGAGCUUUAUCCCUACUAGAAAAAGUAUUAUGUCUUCUGCCGGAGUUGAUCGGGAAACGAUGGCAGUUGCAUUCGCUGACGAGAAUAUUUUCAAAACUCCUCCAUAGUUGGAAUUCACAAAAAUUAAGAGCAGAGGCUAUAAGAUAUUUCCUGUUAUGGUAUCAAGCACUAGGAGACAAUGCGCCUAUCGAAGUACAUCGGAUGUUUGCUUCCCUCGUUCCGGGGUUACCUGAGCCGUGCAUACAGCCGUCAGGGUCCCCGCUUAAAGCCAAGCCCUUUGACGUGGCCGCAAAUGUUUCACACGAGUCAGGCGACUUCAGUAUGGAAGACAUAUUGCAACACCCAAAUUUUAGCUCAGCAGCGGACAAUGCGAAAAAGGUCGUCGUAGAACAAACAUCCACUGGCAUAAUCGGCAAGAUCGCGAACGUCUCGGCGUCAAUAUUCCACGACACAAAUGCGCUUAACCCCGUACAAACGGUUGAGAUCCAACCUUUACUGCCCGCGAGUACUAACGAGAGAGCAGUCGACAAUGAAACCAAAUAUUUCUUCGAGAUCCUCCUCGAUGGCAUGGCGACGUCGAUCACUAAAAUCCAAUGGAGGGAUCGCUCUCACACCAAGGCCAUGAGAUGUUUCGCGUUUCUGCUGGAAAAGUUCAAGUUAUAUUACUUGCCCGUAAUUUGUCCUCAGUUUAAUCACAAAAAUUCUCUUUACAAACCCAAUCUUGAACUGCCAGUGCAGCACAACAUCUUAGAAGACGACUUCGUGAUCUGCCGCGUGACGCUCAUUAAAUGGAUUGCUAGCUACGCGCAUUUCAUGAAGAAGCAGGGCAGCGAUGGCGGCCAGCCGUCCUCCAUGACGAGUACGGGCUCGCACGCGCCGCACUCGGGCACGCCGACUCCGGCCGCGUCGCUGCAUCAUGAGGAGGAGACCUCUUUCACUGUGGGACACCCGUCGGAUUCUAGCAGGGCCUCGUCGCAUGACUCAGCUUCUAACACGCCGCAUCCCAGUUUAGAGUCAGCAGCGUCAGGCAUGUACGAAGAACUGAGCUCAGAGCUGGUGGUGCGCGACGUGCUGUGCGGCGCGUCGCGCGAGCACGUGGACUUCACCAUCGAGGUGCUGCGCCAGGCCUUCCUGCUGCCCUUCGCGCACGCCGCCGCCGUCCGGCGCGUCAUCGCGCUCUACAAGGACUGGAUACAGAUGAACGUGGCAGAAAUCCCGCCGUUCCUAAUGGAGACUACGUACGAGCAACCGGCGGGCGAGCCGCUAGCGCCGCCGCGGCGCCUGCGCAACGACUCCUACCUGGGCGCCGUGGGCCGCGACAACGUCAUGGUGCGAGCCGGCCUGCAGAACGUUCUGCAAGUGUUCAUGACGCAAGCGGCGAACGUGUUCCUGGCGGCGCCGUCGCCGGUGGCGCCGCCGGGCGCGCUGAGCCAGCAGCAGCUGCUGGACGAGCAGACCGACACCUGCAAGCGCGUGCUCAACAUCUACCGCUACAUGGUCAUGCAUGUUGCUAUGGACGCCAACUCAUGGGAACAACUGUUACUGGUUCUUCUGCAAAUAACAUCGCUUGUUUUAACGAAAGUACCACCGAAACGGAAACAAGAAUCAUUAGGUGGGUUCCUCGCACCAGCGUUGUUCCAGACUCUGAUAGUGACGUGGAUCAAGGCGAACCUGAACGUGGCCGUCAAACCGGAGCUGUGGCAAAAUUUCAUGGAGCUACUGUCCCGGCUCACCCACUGGGAAGACCUGAUCAAAGAGUGGGCGAAAACCAUGGAGACGCUCACACGAGUAUUGGCGAGACACGUAUAUUCCCUCGACUUGUCCGAGACGAGUGCAGCGGACUCGAGGUCACGUGCGCGUCGUGCUACCCCCGCCCCACAGCCCGCGCCGCACCCCCGCCCGCCGAGAGGACGAGCUAUUGCACCGGCUGACGCUAGAACGCCGGGCAAGUCCCCCAAGGUGGGCCAUGAAUCGCAGCAACGCAAAGAGACGGGCAGCACGCGGCGACAGCUGGCUCGCGCGAGAAGCGACCCGCACCUUGGGAAACACGCUGCUGCGCUCUCCAACGAAGAAACCAAAGAACCUAACAAUAAGCCAAGAAGAUGGUACUCAUUGGACUCACUGAGACAUUCGGUUCAAAAUGAGGACCGUGAUUCAGCCAGUGGAUCUCGGUCUCCUUCGCCAGCGCCCUCUAGCGGAGUGGAAAGCAGUUCAAUCAAAGAUUCUCCAUUACAAAUUGAUUUGGCAUCAGAUGGUGGCAAUGUCGAAUGGUCGGAGAACGACUCAGGCAGCGGGGGCGGGUCAGGCUUCGCGGGCGUGGAGCUCGCUCGCGGCGGCGGCGGCGGCGAAGGCGUGGGCGUGGUUCUGGGCGGCACCGCGCGCGGCUGGCUGCCCGACGUCGCUGCUGUGCUAUGGCGCCGCAUGCUGGCCGCGCUGGGCGACCCCAACCAGUUACGCGACCCGCAUGCGCACGCGCAUCUAUACAACUACCUCAUACAUCUCAACUCCACGCUGCUCAAGAACUGGCGGCUGCCCGACGUCGCGGCUGUGCUAUGGCGCCGCAUGCUGGCCGCGCUGGGCGACCCCAACCAGUUACGCGACCCGCAUGCGCACGCGCAUCUUUAUAACUACCUCAUACAUCUCAACUCCACGCUGCUCAAGCCAUCCAUUGCCGCGUUUAUCCUUUGUUGUGUUAGAAAAAUAUUUCUUUUGUUUUUUUUUUUGUUGACUUUUAUAAGAAGUGACUAUUACCAGUCAAAGGUCGGGCGGGCUUCGUGCAUGGUGUUACUAAGGUUGUGCGAGCUGCUAUCCAACUCGAAAGUAUUCAAGGAGUGCCCAUGCGAAAGAAGAGCAGGAAAAAGGAGACUCCUGAGGAGGCUCCGAAAGAUAAGCGCAAACCAAACCCUAAAUGGAAAUACGGAGAUCCAUGUGCCGUUUAAUCUCGUGGCGGGAUGGUGUCUGGAAGCCGAGGCCUUGCCGCCUUCGCACAGGGCCGGCAAACUUCUUGCACUACGGCUGCUGUGCGAGUCGACGCAAGCGCAGGGCCCGGGUGCGCCGUCCUCGUGCAACAACCGACUACACCUUGCGCACCUCAACCUCUACCAGCGGGCACUGCACCAUGGUUUAACGGGCGAGGAUCGUUCCGUGGUAGACGUGCUAGUAGAAUACGCAGCCCCUCGGUACUUGUCGCUGGCUCUCGACGGGUACUCGCUGCUGCUACUAGACUUUGUGCACGCCUCCACUGUCGUGCUCAACUCUUCCGACAUGGGCGCUUCGUGUCCGCGCACGGCGGCCGUAACGUUUCUCGGUUCGCUAUUAUCGUUGCCCGACGGGCUGAUGAGCGCGCCCAUGCUCCAGCCGUAUCCACACCAAUACAACACCGUGUCCUGUCCAGAUCUGAAGGAGCAUGUCCUAAACAUCGUAGUUCGCGUGUGCCGUCGCGAGGGCGCGGCGGCGGCACGAUGCGCGGGCGCAUGCGCUCUCACGGCGCACGUGUGCCAUCUCUUGGCGGCGUGCACAUAUUGCGAGCGGCUGCCGGCGUAUGUCACGUGUCUGCUGCAGAUGCUCAUGGGCGCGGCGGCGGCACGAUGCGCGGGCGCAUGCGCUCUCACCGCGCACGUGUGCCAUCUGUUGGCGGCGCGCACAUACUGCGAGCGGCUGCCGGCGUACGUCACGUGUCUGCUGCAGAUGCUCAUGAUGAAAAACAAAAAUAUUGCGAAAGUCGUCAGCGACUGCAUAUUGGUCCUAGCCGAUUACACCGAUCGAAUAGUGGAACAAUAUCCUGACUUAGCUGGUAAAAUAAUAAGGUGGAUAUGCGCGUGUCUGGCGCAGCUAUCAGGCAGUAGCACGCGCGAGGGUGCCCGGCCUCUGGCGGGCUCGCUGCUGCUUUGCUUGGCGGAGUUCGCCGUGCGCUGCGGCCCGGCGCGCCUCAUGCAAGAGCAAGAGGGCGGGCAGACGCUGCUGCUGAUUAUAUUUAAGGUGCUAUACGCUGUAAUGAAAGGAACUAAUGGAUCUGAAAUAGAAGGACUGUCUUUGCCUGUAGAUGAAGAUUUUGACCCAAAUAUACAAUUGGACAAUUUGGGACCCAAGACGGCACCGGCAUCUACGAUCGAUGUCAAACUUUGGGCUCAAACGAUAUGCACGCAGCUAGUGGUGUUCCUGGGCCACUGGCCGCUGUGGAGCGGCUGCCAGCUGUCGUCGAGCGUGUGCGAGCAGCACGACAGCCCGGCGCUGGGCGGCGAGCUGGGCCCGGCCGUGCUGGGCGCGCCGCACGUGCUGCUCAUGCGGCUCAGCGACGCGACCCUCGCCUCCUUCGUGGAGCUGCCGGCGCUCGACCUGCCCGCCGGCGCCGCCGCCACCACGCCGGGUGAGACACUUGCAGCGACAGCAGGCGCCGGGCGCGAGCUGGGCCCGGCCGUGCUGGGCGCGCCGCACGUGCUGCUCAUGCGGCUCAGCGACGCGACCCUCGCCUCCUUCGUGGAGCUGCCGGCGCUCGACCUGCCCGCCGGCGCCGCCGCCACCACGCCGGGGUUAUCGACCUCAGACCGUCAAGUGCGAGUUUUACUGCGUGACAUAGCUGGCAAAGCGUGUUGGGACGCGUCAGCUUUAUACUACGACCCUUCAUCCACCGCCUCCGAACCGAUCGAAUUGCUGCCUUUGCCAGACAGUGUGGACAGUCCAAGGGAUACAACAUUAUCGUCUCUACCGCCGCCAUUACCUCCGCAUUUAUUACCCGAUUACAUAAACUCACCGCCUGAUAAACAUCAGUUAGACCACGUUCUCGCAUACAUCGGCCACACCUCCCCCGAAGUGGUGGGCGAGAGGCGGCUGGACAGCGCGGGGGCGUCUCCCCUGCCCCCGGGAGCCGAAGACGAGCUCGUAGCCGCUUUGGUGGCGCACAGAAAUGCCGAGCGGCAAUACCUCGCUAACAAAGACAACUGGUCAGAGCCGGAACCAGACGGGCAGUGGGGCGGGGGUUCACCGCGCGCGUUUGGCCAGGGCCGGCGCCUGCUAACGCAGCUGGGGGCCCUGGCGCCGGCGCGACGGCCUCACGCGCAGCUAUUGCGCCGCUCCGACCGAUUGCUUCGUGACGCGCGCAACCUGGAUGCGCAUAGAUGCCGCGAGACGCAUAAAGUAGCGGUGAUAUACGUCGCCAAAGGCCAAGAAACGCGCAACGAGAUCCUCUCGAACCGCUGCGGCAGUCCGGCCUACGAAGCUUUCCUGGCUGCUCUGGCCUGGGAGGUGGAGCUAGAGAGUCACGUGGGCUUCACGGGGGGGUUGCGGGGAGGCGGCGGCGGCGGCGUGAGCGCGCCCUACAUCGCCACGCUCACGCUGGAGGCGCUGUUCCACGUCAGCACGCGCAUGCCGGCCGACUCGCCCGACGCUAUGCUCAACAAGACUCGUCACCUUGGCAACGAUGAGGUGCACGUGGUGUGGAGCGAGCACUGGCGGCCGUACAAGCGCGACACGCUGCCCACGCAGUUCUGCGACGUGCUCGUCGCGCUCUACCCGCUGCCCGGCGGCCUGCUGCGCUGCACCGUCGCCAGGAAACCCGACGUAAACGUCUUCGGCCCGCUAUGGGAAGAGUGCAUAAUCCGCGUAGGUUGCGCAGCGGCCUUAGUCCGCGGCGCGGCCUUCAGCGGCGGGCGCGCCGUCCGGGCGACCAUGCCGUUAUACCAGCACGCGUACGCCGAGCGCGCGCGAAGCCUGGACGCGCUGGUGGCGCAGCACACGCUGCCCGCCACCUUCGAGCGGUUCGUGGAGCGCGUGCGCGAGCCCGUCCCGCCUGACCAGCCCGCGCCCGCCCCAGACGCCGCAGAACAAGGAAGCGGUCGACUGGCGGCUGCGCUGCUAGACCACGGCGCGAGCGCGUGGGGAGCCGCGGCGACUGACGCGCACACCGUGUCCCCGCGGCCCGCCAAGCGCCUGGGCGCGCUCGGGCCCUUCAAGCGGCCGCUCACGCACGCCGCGCCCGCCACCGCGCCGCCCGCCGCGCCG